UGGCGGUACGUUCGAAAUUGGUGACAUUUUUGCACGUGUUUGCUCUGAUAUUUAUUUACUGCUUAUAGUCAUAUAAUCCCUGUAAUUAUGGUCCAAAUUUCUAAAAAACGUGUUCGUAGAAACACAGUUGUUUUAGAUAGUGCCUCAACCUCGGUUAUAACUGCAUUACCACCCUGUAAUACAGCAUUAACUACUAGCUCACAAAAUGGCUUGAGUGCAAUUCUCACUCCUGUGAUACAGAUGAAAGAUGUUCUGUUAGAGAACUCUGAGAUCUGUAAAUUAGACCUCCUUGUGAAAGAUAUCCAAAGGCAAGUAAAUGAACUUCAGAAAAAAUUAGGUCAGUUUGAUAGAAUGUCACUGCCAUUGUCAAAUAUCACGGAGAGCAGUUCUGAUAUUGGCCAGGUUAAGUCUUUGCUGGAUGUAACUCAAAGCAAGCUUUCGGAUUUAGACCCAAUAGCCUGUCUGUUAAGAAAGCAUCCUAAAAUGUCUCCAGACACCCUAAAUAAGGCUGAAAAUAUGAUUGACUGCUUGGCUGCGGAGGUGAUGAAGCGUAUAACCUCUUCUCACCAGGCUAUAGUUUACAAUGUCCCAGAUUCUCUUCCUCUGAAGACUGUUAAACACAAAAUCCUGAUUUGUUGCGGCAUGGCCAGUGUUCCAUGUGAAUGCAAAAGACUUCGUAAAAAGUCUAACCAGGCUAACUGUCCCAUUAUUUUUAAGUUCAGUAAUUCCCUUGAUUCUAGUAAGUUUAUUAAAUGCCAGGAUCACCUAAGACUGAACAGUAGUUAUAAGUCUAUAACCAUAGCUCAAGAUAAAACACCGUGUCAGCGCAGAAUGAUGCGGAGUAAUAACCUGGUCACCUCCUCUAGCUUAGAAUUACCCAAAAACGAUCGUGCACAGCAACAGUCACCUAAUGCUGACAUUAGCAUUCAGCAGACCACACAACAACCACGCAUGGCAAUGGAACUAGGGACUGAUUUAGAUACCAGUACCCCUGUAAAUAACGUCUCACCAAAAGAUGUUAAAAUAGGUAGAACUGUUGCAAGCCGUUCCAAGAAAUUCCUACCCAAACGUGGUGACCUCACCACAAUGAACAAAUUUCGCCGGGUUGAGACUAAUGAUGGGGAAGAAUACUUUGUAUUCAAUAAGCUUGCUGAGAGUAAGACUGUCAAAAAACCCUUACCUCUUACGAAAAGUUCCUCUCGAAACACAAGUAUAUCUGGUGGUUUUCAGUAUGCUCCACCUUAUAGAAAGUCAGGCCCCAAAACCCCCAAAGUCUUACAACCAAAGCACCUUCCCUCUCAAUUUCCUUUAAGUUAUAAAACCAACACGAAGGUGUGUACCGGUAUGAUGGAUAGCACGUGGAUGGGUAGACCAUUUGAUGCUAUGCUUUUUAACCGUCAACCCAGGCCCAACAUCUACUAUCCUUAUAUCCAGGAACAAAUGGUAAAUUUUCCAUGUGUCCCGAAUCACUGGUACGACCCAUGGCACCUAGGACCACCUCACUGCACUCUAACCCCGAUGCACAGACACCCAGUCCAACCCCCGUAUCAUUCAUAAACUCUUGCGUUGUUGACGCACAAACAGAGUUAGGUUAUGGUGAUAUCUUAAGCCAGUUUGUAGUAUCCCGUGACUUAUUCACGAUAUUGCUAAUUAAUGCGCGUUCCUUAAUCAAUAAGAUAUCUGAACUAAGGGCAUUAUUAUUUAUCGCCAAGCCUACUGUAGCUUUGAUUACUGAAUCAUGGUGCUCAUAUUCUGUACUUGAUGUGCAUAUAGGCAUAGAUGAUUACACUGUACACCUUGCAAAUAGAGACAGCAAGCGUGGUGGAGGAUGUCUCAUAUAUAUACAUAACUCAUUCGUAGCCAGUAAGGUGGAAGAUGAAAUACUGAACGAGGUACCUGAUUCACUCUGGGUCGUCUUACAAGGAGAUAAGUACAAGCUUCUCAUAGGCUGUGUUUAUCGAGCACCAAGCUCAACCAAAGAAACUGAUGCGUUAUUAGCUAAAUCAUUCGCACACGCCUCAUCGUUUAGUACUAAUUACAAAAUAAUUGCAGGGGACUUCAAUCUUCCAGAAGUCAAUUGGUUAAGUAGUUCCGGCCCCCAACGCUUCGACGAAUUACUUGCCACUAUCGACUGUUAUGGAUGGCAGCAACACGUCCAGACACCUACUCGUGGUGACAACAUGUUGGACCUUGUGUUUUGUCAUGACACAAUCCCAGUCUCCACCUAUGUUGGUAACAGAUUUUCCAGUAGUGACCAUAGAAUGGUGCUCUGCUCUCUGCCUUUCUCACCACUAAAUACAGGAAACAAACAGGAUUCAGGGAGCUUGAUUUGUCGUAGUUACAAACAUGCAGACUGGGGAUUAGUCCAAGAACUCAUUCGACUCUGUCACUGGGAUGAAUAUUUUACCACUGAUUCCCUGGAG